GGAGCUAAGAAGCUUAUGGUUUUACAAAGAUGUUUAUUUCAUUUUUUUAUCUGUGCUCAACUUUUGUACCAGAAGUCUUACUCCGAUUUUUAAGUGUAGCAUCUUUCAUAAAAGUGAAUCGGUAUGGAGAGGUAUUCUAAGGAGGUAACUUUUUGAUUUUUCAAGAAGUUUUCCUAACGUAUUUGGCAAACCGGGAAAAAAAUAAACAUCUUUGUAAAACAAUCAGUAAUAAUUUAACAUAGGUGUUUAUCUUAGUUAUAGAUGAUGUAUUAUUAUUAUUAUUUUUUUUUUUAUAAGCGUUUAAAGUUCAAAUUUGUAUUAAAAUCGUAAAAUUCGAAAUUUCAAAACAUGUUCAACCAAACUUCACUCAAAAUCGUUUUCAAUCGGCAAUGAUUUACACGCAAAUAGCCUACCCCCCCAAUUUUCAAUCAACAACAGUGGCACACCCCUCAGCAGUACCUACCUAUCAGCAUUUUUAUUUAUUUGUUUUUAAUUCUACUUUUAACUCCACAUUUAGAUAUAUACCUAUACUGUUAGAUCGCUGUACCAAACCGAGCCAAAUAUUCGUUUAACACUAGUGUUAGGUUCAGUGCAGAUUGUGAUGGUUGAUAAUAAUUUCGUUGAAAAUUUAGAUUUACUGCAGUUUACUAUGGACAUAAUAAAGAACAACGGACCGAUUGUUCAUUUUAACCUGGCCGGACAAUCGAACGUCCUGCUCAACGAUCCGGAAGAUUUGAAGGUAAUUCUAUAUGAUUAAUAUCUAAUAUUUUACAUUUUUUUUUUUUUAUACUGUGUUGUAGUUUAAGAAAAACUUCAGCUUUUUAUGUUUUGGUAUUUCGUAAAAAACCUCAUCACAUUGUAGACUGUAUCCUCUUAAAGUAAAUCGCGUGUCCAUAUUUACUUUUAUACAGUAUUUAUAAGAGAAUGCUUACCUACUGACAAUUUUAACAUAGUUUUUAAAUUCAAAUUUACUAGUUCAUAAUUCAUAGGCGUAACUGAGGACGCACUAGGGGGUCUUAUACACCCCCCAAAAAAGCUCCAAAAAUCUUUUUCCUGGUAACGACUAAAUAUUUAAUCCAUACAUUUCAUAAAUGAUGAGGAAAACAAAAUACCUACAGAUUUUCCACAGACAAUACAUGUGUGUAAGGAAACGGUACACGUAAAAACCUGGAUUGUAAAAACUUGGACAGUACAAAUAUGAAAUUUUAAAUUUUAAAAUCCGUAAAUAUUUUACACUUCAGUUUAGUGCUGUUCAGAUUUGUACCAUCCAAAGUUUUACAUUUCGGGUUUUUGCGCGCCUUCAAUCCCUGAAAAAACGUGAAAAAGAAACGAGAAAAUUUACGAAAUAUAUUAUUUCCAAAUCGUAAAUAUUACGGCCUUUCAAACCAUAUUUAACGGAACUCCGCUAAGAAUCGUUUGUCGUUAGCAAUGAUUAAUCGUUGCGUACAGAUGUAUAUCGAAUUUCCCCUUUAUACGUUCAAAACUUUUCGCCUACAACAGUGGCCCGCCCUUCGUGCGAGCUGCGAAAUAUGUCCGUUAGAUUUUUUUUAAAAAACACGUUUUUUGUGCAGAUACUUUUGUCGAGCUCGAGCAACAUCAACAAGGGCUCCGAUUACGAUACGCUAAAACCGUGGCUAAACGAAGGACUGUUGCUGAGCACUGGUAUACUAUUGCAUUUUACUUUAUUAUACAUUCGCUAUGUGUCACACGAGUACACGGGUUAGGUUAGGUUAUAGACACGUACAACAGUGAUGCCACAGUGGCGUGACAAAACGCUUGUUUAAGAAACGAUUGCGUCUGAAGUUUUUGGAAGAUUAGUGGGGGCUGUGGGGGUAUGUCCUUAUCGUUAAGCAUCUUAUUUGAGUGGUAUUAAUUCCUUUAGCAUUUAGCUUUCAUAUUUUAUUAAAAUAUUACCUGAAGGUUAAAUUAAUUUAAUAAAAGGUUACAAUUUUAUUGCGAUGCGCCACUGUAAGUUGUUUAAAAAGAAAAAUCGCGUAUACUUAUUUUUGACAAUAAAGCCAAAAGUUUGACCGGGCCAAAGCAAAUUAAAACAAUGCAUAUUAAGAAUACAUACGCGGUAAACCGGUUUUGACCGAGACGGUGAGACGUGAACAUUUUACACAUUUUUAGGGGACUAUACGUGGAUGGUAAUCAGAAAAGGAAUAAGUCUCAGAUCAGUGGCGGAUUCAGCUGGUCGUUUGCCCCCCCCCCUUAAACGCCGUAUCGGAGUAGUAUGUUUUGGUUCUCAAAGUCGUGUAGUUUACUAUUUUUAACCCUAUGUUUGCACUUUUACCCCUCCUAUAAUUUAGUACUGCAUCCGCCCCUGUCUCGAGCGCUACCUUAUUUGCGUCUAUGAUGUUUAAACAAAAAAAAAAAAUCCAAGAACGGGAUUUUGUUUAGCUUUCGAGUGACGAAAAAGACGAAAUGGCCCAACAAAAUAUUUGCCUUUUAGUAUUUCGCCACGUCACCGUGUGCCGAUGCGCAAUAUCCGAACGGCUUUACACUGUUUCGCUGUUCUAUAGGCUCGAAAUGGCAAUACCGCCGAAAGCUGCUGACCAAUACGUUUCAUAUGAAAACGUUAGCGAUGUACGUUCCUUCGCUGAACAGACAUUCGAGGGUGCUGGUGGAUAAACUGUUGCACGCGUCCAGGAACGAAGAGAUCAGCAUCAAAGAAUACAUCACUUUAUGUUCGUUGGACAUGUUAUGCGGUAAUAUCGGUUAUCGGUUGUUUUUUUCUUUUAACGCGCGAAAAAAUUUGAAAUUUCUUACAAUCUUGAAUAUUGUUCCAUUAUACAAAUCUAUUAACUUUUAAAACGAUUUUUUACAUGCAACGGUAAAUUUCACCGAAACAGAACUAUCCGAAAUCGUUUUUACAAUAAUAAAGUAUCCGAUAAAUUUUCUUUACUUUAAAAAUUGAAAAAAAAAACGUAAAAAAUCCAUAAAAAACAACCCCUUUUCACAAACAUUAACCGCUUUUAAGGCACGCGCGUGAAUCAUAAGUGUACAAAAAUUAUUUUUACAAUGUACCAAACGGAAUUUCGAGUCCGCGGCCCAAAACUGUUUAAGUUCAAAAAUAAGAACCACAGAUUGAAUUGUAUGGGUACACCCAAAUUAAUUUUGUAUUAUUUUUGUUUGUAUGUUUGCGAUCAAGAAACAAUUAUAGGCACCGAAAUGAAGGCCCAAGAAGGCGAAUCGGUUCAGUACGUCAAUUCCAUUAACAGGCAAGUGGACGUACUGUAUAAUAGCGUUUUUCAACGCGAGUUCGGAAAUGAAAUUUUGAAAAAAAAAGUCUAUAAAACAUGCGGAAACAAUACUCGUCUAACGGAUUCGUGUUUAUUGAUUUUUUUUUUUUUCUAUGUACACAUAAAGUGCGUGCAGAUCGGCCGUCGACCAGAUGUUUAAAUUCUGGUUGUGGAUCGACGUCGUGUUCAGAAUGAGUUCGACCGGCCGAACGUAUUUUAAAUCGAUCAAAGUGUUACACGAUUACACCGCACGCGUUUGUAUAAUAUCUCAUAACGUUAUUAUUUUAUUACCCGUCGCGCGUUGUACUACAUUAUACUUGAACCGGAUUUACACGUGUCCGACACUCGGCCGAGUCACCAAAGCAAAACGGCCAAAUCGAGUGUAAACAUCGAAUACAAGUCCAGUUCCUCCUCCUCCUCCUCCUCCUCCCCCCCCAGCCGCCAAAACCCACCAGUUUUAAAUGAUCGGUAGUUCGUUGUACGUACAGCAGUAGGUACCUGGGCGGUGCAGUACUAGACUGGACCGAAUCGACGGGUUUAAAGAAGACGCGUGCCGCGUGUUUAACCGUGUUCAGUCGAUUGGGUUCACAUUUUUUUUUUUUUUUUUCUAUUAAAUUAUAAACAUAGUCCAGGUAUUUAUCAUCUAAGUGUCUACUAUGUCAGUUGUGCACGUUUGAACAAGUUAGAACAAAUUAGAAAUUUGCUUUAGUGACUAGGCCGAGUACCAACCACGGUUGUCUGUGCUAUAGAUUACCGUGGUAGGUACCUACCGUUGAUUUUAUAGUAUACUGUUAGUAUAGUGCAUUAUAAAAUCAACGGUGCCUAUACCUACUGAACACGUAUAGUAAUCAGAUGUUCUCAGUUUGUUGUUAAGAGUCAUAUUAUAAUAUUAUUACCCAGAUAGCACAAUGAUCUCCAUGUAGGAUAUCCAAAUGAUUUCCUCUUGUUUGAGUACCUACAUAAGACGGUCUCCAAUGAAAUCAUUAGGACGUCGGUCUUGGAUAUCUUGAAGGGGCACUUGGUCAAAAUGUUCUUAGAGCAGGAUGCGUUCGCUCAGACACGAAACGUUUCCGUGGAAUUCCAAUAGGCCAUGUUCACUGAAGGCAGUGUUGAAUCCGGUUAUGUGUCCGGGGGAAGGGGGGGUUACACCACGAUUUUUGACCCCCGGCUAGACAAUUUUUUUCAAUCAAAAAGAUUAUGAUAGAUAAUAUCGUUUUUAAAUGCAUUAAGAGGUAGGUAGGUACACACAUAUUUGAUAUUCCAUAAAAACCGUCGGAAAACGGUUACAAUUUUUAUCGAAAUUGUUUUUUUUUUUUUUUUUUUUUUUUUUUUUUUAUUGCGAGAUAAAGAACAUUAUGAUGUUCAUAACACUGUUAUUUGAUUGUUUACGGUUCUCGUUCCGAUGAUCUUUUCCAUGUAUAGUAGGUACUUUACUGUAUACAUGCCUAUAGUAGGUCAAUUAAUAAAGACCCAAUUUUAUCUAUUUAUUCGUAUGGCAUAGACAAUGUAACAAUAUAUAUAUAAUUUAUGUAUAGUAAUAAGCAGGUAGCAAAACAGAAUAUAAUGACAAUUGGUAUAAACAACAGUAUAAAAGUAUAAAAGUAUAAUGACUAUAGAAUAAUGUCCAGGCUUUUCACCCAUUCGAUAGUUUCAGGGGUCGCAUUAAAAAUGUCCUCGACCUUUCCUCCGAACUUUCUCUUAGGGCGCUCUCGUAUGAUAUGGUCUAUGUUCUGGUUGGGGGCACCACAGUCACAACCUGGGUUAGGAGUAAUGCCCCAUUUGUGCAUAAAACGUCCCACUCUUCCAUGGCCUGUACGUAAUCGGUUUAAGGCUGUCCAGAUUCUCCGUGGUAAAUUGAAGCCAGGUUGUUUGUUUGUAGGGUUCUUAAUGAGCGAUGGGUUACUUAAUUCUGAUUUUUCCCAUUCAUCUUUCCAGCAUUGUACUGCGUCAUAUUUGGCCGUGUUAAGUUUAAUAGCAGUUUCCCACGGUGGUUUACGUGAUACUUAAGAUUGGGGCGCUGACUCCUUGACGCUGAGAACUUCCACUAUCGCUUAAGUCUACUCUGUCGCUGAAUACUGUUCUCCGGUAUGGUUAAAUAGCACACAUGCCAAAGACCCAAUAAAAUAGGAAGAAACGUUUUUUAUAAUUAGUGUAUUUACACCGGUAGGUCAUAAGCGCAACUAGAGGGGUUCUAGAGGGUGUUUCGCAGCCCUAAGUUUAAAAUUAGCAGCCCUGAAAACCCAAUCAGGUUUUUCAUUGUAAUGACUAAAUAUUUUACCCGUGUAUUUCAUAGUUCAUGAACGGAACAAAAAACAGGUUUCCCGCGGACAAUGCGUGUGUGUAUGAAAAAUCAUGUUAAAAUAACCAUGAUGAAUUUGUACGUAUAAAAUUGUAAACUAAAUGUGCAAUUAACUAUUGUAAAUGGGAUUGUGGGGGCAUAGCGCCCGUGGGUCUUUGAUGUGUCCAUAAUUUUAACCCCCCCCCCCCAGAAUUGGUGGUCUAGUUGCGCCUACGUCGUAGCUACUUCUUAACUAGUCUCUAAUAAAAAGGUUACGUUUAAUAAUAUUAUGGUUUUCGUUUAUUAAACGCUCAUAGGUGAUCAAGAAUAAGAAAACGUCGAUGGACAAAUCGAAAAGUCCAUCCGAAGGUACCUAUAAAUAACCUUACAACGUUAAUAUAAUGAUAAUGAUCGUUUUUACAACUUUUAACUGUUAUUUCUCUCUUGGAAUAUUUUUUUUUUUUUUCUUAGAAAAAAAGCAUAGAAAGUCGUUUUUGGACCUGUUACUGGACGCCUCGCGGAACGAGACCGUUCCGAUGACGGACCAGGACAUCCGAGAAGAGGUAGACACGUUUCUUUUCGAAGGACACGACACGACUUCCACGUCAAUGACGAUAACUUUAAUAUUGUUGGCAAUGCACCGGGACAUCCAGGUAGGGAUCUGUUUUGUAAUUUACUGAGUAGCCUAGUGUGCGAGUUAAACAAGUCUAUCGCAAUACAUUGUACCCAAGAACAAGGCGAGAGAAGAGUUGCGCUCGAUUUUCGGCGACUCCGACAGAGACGCGACGACCGAAGACUUGAACGCUAUGAAGUACUUAGAGGCAAUUAUUAAGGAAUCGCUUCGACUUUAUCCGAGCGUGCCAUUCAUUUCGAGGGAACUCCAAACGACGUUAAAUCUCAGUGAGUUUUUGACAAUAUAAUAUACACCGAGAUCGACAUUUCACAAGAUGAAAUUGUUUUUUCCUAUAAACUAUGGUCCCAUGGAAAAAAAUGUAAGAUUUUAGAAACACAGUAGGUAGGUAAUUAAUUUCUAAAGUGUCGAUCCCAAUUCUUUUUAAUCACAUGAACGAAUAAUUAUCUUAGAUUUGAUCACAAAAAUUUCUUUUCCAAGAGAUUUUGCCCACAAAACUUUACAACAUCCGCCCUGGACCACCUCUCCUCGUCUUUCACAACCAAAUUCUGGAAGCAAUGAUCCUUAGUUCGUGUAUCUAUGAUAUGUAAACAUAUUCAAUAACUAUUAUGAUGUUUACUCGGUUUAUAACGCCUACUCAUGUUUCUCUUACAUAUAGAAAACUACAGUAUCCCUCCGAAAACGACCAUAAUAGUCACGCCUUACGUUCUGCACAGAAACGAGGACAUAUAUCCGAACGCUGAAGAAUUCGUUCCGGAAAGGUUUUUGGACAUGAACAACAAAGACAAAUUUCUAUUUGGAUAUUUACCAUUUAGCGCGGGACCGAGGAACUGUAUAGGUAUUCUUUACUGAAAUUGAUUUUUUUUUUUUGAUGAUAGUACAUUUUUUUUCAGGUCAAAAAUUCGCCAUGUAUCAAAUGAAAUCAGUUAUUUCAACUAUUUUACGGAAGGCAAAAAUCGAAACAUCAGCGACCAAAAAAGAUAUCAAAAUUAGUGCAGAGCUAGUCAUCAGAUUAGUUUCGCCAAUAAAACUGAAAUUUUAUGAACUUUAAUAAUAUACAUUUUAUGAAUUUAAACUAUUUAUAUAAUUUGUUAUACUGAAAAAAAUUUUUUUUUUAUUAUUUAAACUAUAAUCAAUGUUUAAUAACAUAAGUAAAUUAUAAGUCUUGAUAUUUGGUUUUGGUUAAGCGCAGUGAUAACCUUUGUUUACAUUUUACAUAUUUGGCGUAAAUGGAUCAGUUUAACUUCAGGCAGACCGUUGUAUAAGUAUUUAAAUACUUGCAUACAAGUUAAUUUGAAAUCUACAAUUCGACCAACAAUAUUGAGUGUUUAAAUCUUUAAUUUGUAAAACAGGUUAACAAUAUAUAUAUAUAUAUGAAGAAAGAACAAUUUGAUUUAACAAAUUCAAAUUAACAUUUGUAAAAAAAUGAACAAUCAAACAUUCAUGGGAGGGCAGCAACACAUUUUAUUAUAUUAUGAGCCAACAUCAUUUGUAACGAACAACAUUUGAAAAAUACACGUACGUUGAAAACUAAAAUAGAUUCACAAAAAUGUCAGAAAAAAUACACGUAAUAAAAACAAAAAGUAGGGUGUAAUAGAUUCACAUUUUUUUUCUUCCAUGCGUGUGAAGUUACAUAAAAUAUAAUGAUCCGAAAUAAUUAAAAUCAGGUAGCUAUUUAAAUUUAAAAUUGACACGUAAAAUAAAAAAUAUUGAUAAUACACAAGUAUAAUUCAUCGAGCUAUGUAAAAUAUUAUAGUCUAAAUAACAUAUCUACGAACACUACACAACUGAGCUAAACAUUAAAGGUAAAAAAAAAAAAAAAAAAUGUAGACAAUAUUUAUAGUAUAAAUAACUAAAAAAAAAAAAAAAACAUAAAUAAUUAUAUAUUUAAUAUAGUAUUAUAUUAAAUAGACAAUUAUAUUUAUGUAUGUAAAAGUUUUUCUCGUGGUAGAUAUAACGUAUCACGUUGAGAUAAUAAUUGUUGUAUGCGGUUUGGGUUUUUUUUUAAACAAAACUUACCUAUCAAUUAUACAAUAUCAAAUCGUGUGAAAAAAAGCUUCUACAAUCGAUUUUUUUGUUUGUUUACGACAGUGCAUAAUAUCCAUGACUUAUUAAUAAUUACAAUAAUGUUUAUAAUAGUAUUAUUACUACGUGAACAAAUUUAGACAUUCAAAUGAACAUUUUUUUUUUUUUAAUUAAAAGAUUUUUCCUCCAAAAAAGGAGAAAUAUGAGAGAUAUUCUAAAAUAAUAUAUCAUUAAAAAAAAAAAAAAAAAGAUAUUUUGGAUUCUACAAAAAAAAAGUGACAACAUUUGAUACAAUGUUUUAAAAAAAAAAUUAUAAAAAAAUUCUACACAUUUGUUUUUGAAUCAUACACGCGGAUGGCAGAAGAAAUCUGCUUUUUAUCACUCAACCAAAACUUUAGGUUGUUCCCAUGGAAAUAUAUCACGGCCAAAAUGCCCAUAUGUGCUUGUCUUUUGAUAUAUUGGGUUUCGUAGAUUUAAAUCUCUGAAA